CGCAGCAACUGGCCUCCGACGGGCUUCUGGGUAGCGUACAGGGUGCGCUUGGCUCGGUCACUGAUGCACUUGGCUCGACGGUGAACUCGAUUGAUUCGAGUAUUGGUGGUCUGCUCGGCGGUGCUUUCGGCGCGCCGCAGGGUUCGGGGAAGGCUCAGGCUGGCGCUAGCUCGGGUAGCGGCGCCACGUCUGGCUCGUCCGACUCUGACCCAGACUCAGACUCUUCGUCCGGCAUACCGCUCGCUUCAGUUGGUAUAGCGGGAGUCGGCGCGAGCAUCGGAACUCAUGGCGUCAAUGUCACGGUCGGCUCCAAGCCCAUCAAGAACAGCAAGUCUGGCGAUCAGCUUGUAGCUGGCUAUUGGGCUGAGGUGAGUUGGACCGUCUGCAGUUUCCUGUGAAUCGACUCGAGCUGAUGCUCGACUGUACAUAUCUUUUUGCAGUGGACGGCCAGCACGAUGCCUCCUGAAUCGAUCGACUUUUCGCGCUACGAUAUCAUCUACUUUGCAUUUGCAGUCCCGAGUUCAUCAUUCGGUGUCUCGUUCACUGAUGGCGGGUCCAGGUCGCUUCUGCAGCGGCUCGUGAACGCAGCGCAUGCAAGCCAGACCAAGGUCAUCCUGGCGCUCGGCGGCUGGGGCCAGUCUGAUAAGUUCAGUCCAGCCGUCGCGACGUCGUCGUCGCGCAGCACGUUUAUCAACAGCAUCAUGGGCGUCUACCAGAAGUACGAUCUGGACGGCAUCGACAUCGACUGGGAGUACCCCAACGCCGAUGGCGCCGGCAACAACCAGAAGAGCGCAGCGGAUGCGGCGAACCUGCAGACAUUCUUCCAGGAGCUCCGCUCCGCUCUGCCGCAGGGCGCGCUGAUCACCGCCGCUGUGCCACACCUGCCGUGGAUCGGCUCGAAUGGGAGUCCUGUCCGGAGUGUGGCACGCGCAGCGUCGGUAAUCGAUUACGUGUUCAUCAUGAACUACGACGUCUGGGGCUCAUCGAGCAACCCAGCUCCAAAUGCGCCGCUGGCGAACCUCUGCGACAACAGUACCCAGCCGCAAGCUUCGGCUGCUGCGGGCGUCAGGCAGUGGGUCGCCGCGGGUAUGCCGGCGAGCAAGAUCAUGCUAGGCUUGCCUGCGUAUGGGUACGUGUCCAACUCGGGCGUUACGAGCAUCCGGGAGGGCCGACGCGAGUUGAGCAUCGAGCAGCAACAGCAGCAGGGGCAGAUGACCCUACCCGCUGCGCACCGCCGCUUCGCGUCACAGGCUGGUGCCAUGGACCCACCCGGGUACCGCGGCGGGCGGUUCGACCGGCGGCUCCUGUCACACCGGGCGCUGUCGAGCGCCAGCUUCACGAAGAAACCGGCGCUGACGGAGGGCCAGACGCCGUUCAGGACGCUCGUGACGAGGGGCGCGCUGGUGAAGCGCUCCGACGGCACGUACGACGCGGGUGCCGGGUGGACGCGCCGUAUGGACAGGUGCAGCGACACGCCGUUCUUAUACAAUGGCAAGCAAGCCAUCAUGUACGACGACACGCAGUCCAUCCUGGACAAGGCGGCGUUCGCUAAGCAGACGGGCAUCGCCGGCGUCGGCUUCUGGAGCGUCGAUAGCGAUACGAGUACGUGGGACCUGACUAAUGCUGCGAUCAAAGGGCUGCAGUCUUGAACCAUUUUCGGAGAUAAUUAUCCGCGGCUCCUUUUUAUUUUGGGGGGACGGAGUUCACUUGGGAAAUCUUGCGUGUCAUACAUGCUGGUAGCUUGCACCUAUCUACGCGGCUGGGCCGACCGAACCGCUGCUGUAUUAAUCCAUUCCUCCACUGCAUCUGUGCUCCUUUCGUAUGCACCUGACGCACUGCCGUAUGCAGUCAGUUGCGCCAUCCCUCUUCGCCGGGCUGGGCGAGCUUUAGCGCGGGAUGCGGAGAUGAGACGCGGACAGCUGGG